UUCUCAAGGGCCCGAAAAAUAUGCACGAGUGACACACUGAUGGAUGAGCUUCGACAUGUACAUUCAGUUUUAUUAGCUAAUGGUUAUCCGGAGAGCUUUAUCACUUGUCACAGCAAAGAAAAACCACAUCUCGAAAAGACAGCUUCUGUACCAAAGAAAGCUAUCUUUAUUAAUCUACCAUUCAAGGGCGACCAGAUUAUGCAGUUGACAGCUCAAAGACUUCGAUCAGCCAUCAAACGCACAUUCUACGCCGCAUCUCUUUUUCUCACUUGCCGAACAUUUUCGAUCCCUGUUCCUACGAUUAAAGGACGAAAUUCUGUGGACUCUACUUCAAACUGUAUCUACAAGUUCACCUGCAGCUGCGGUGACACCUAUAUAGGUAGAACUAACAGAAUGUUCCAAUGUCGUCGAAAAGAACAUAUUCCAAAAUGGCUAGUAAACCAUAUCGAAAAUCCCAACGCGAUUAAUCUUAAUAGAAAUCCAGCAUCAUCCAUUGCAAAACACUUAUUAAUGUCUGGUCACAAAAUAAAUAUUAAUGACUGUUUCACAAUUAUUUCACAUAACUCUAAUUCAAGGUUAUUGAAGGUGAUGGAAGCACUUUGGAUUAAUCACAUACAGCCUAAACUGUGUGUACAAAAAUCAAUAGACUUCAAUCUUCGCCUACCCUGGACUGCAUGACCUAUCUUAAUAUGAUUGGUCAUUAGUAUGUACUUUUGUUUUUAUUUAACUGAGUAAAUUUCAUGAACUUUAUUUUAUCAUUGUUAACCAUGUUAGUUGUAAAGCGGUUGUAAAGAAACUACGAAAUGAUAUCAUCUCGCGAAAUUUGUCUUCUUAACGCCUUGUUCAAAUUUAUCAAAGGGACUAAUUGUUUUAAU